UUUAUAGAUCCAUUUAUCAGCUUGAUUUCUGUGAUUGACGCAUAAACCCCGAACAGUUGUGUCCAAGUGUUGUGAUUAGCAAGUGGUUGUGUAAUGUGUUGAGCUGACCUGUUGGGUGUAGCGGAGUGGCGGGUCGGUAGCGCUUCAUGCAGGGGCGCGCGGCCGCAGGCCCGGGCGGGCUCCGCUCCAACCCGCGCGCCCUUCCGCCGGUGCUGCCGCCGCCGCCCCAGUUCGCGACGGACCAAGAAGCGAUGCCGGCCAACCAGAUAGCCCAGGUCAUCGCCCUAAUAUGCGGUCUGCUAGUGGUGAUCCUGAUGGUGCUGGGGCUGGCGUCGGCAGACUGGCUGAUGGCGGCGGGCUGGCGGCAGGGGCUCUUCAUGCACUGCAUAGACCCCGAGGCUCCCACGCCGCUGCCCUUUGACAUCACGGCGCAGCCCGGCUGUUAUGCUGCCAGGCCUACCUCUUAUAUUAAGGCGUCGGCGGGGCUGUGCGUGGCGACGCUGGCGGCGGACGUGUGCGGCGCGCUGCUCACGGGGCUGGGGCUGCGCGCCGCCGACCACCGCACCAAGUUCCGCUACUACCGGUUCGCGGUGCUCGCCAUGUCGCUCGCACUGAUGUGCAUCUUAAUAGCCCUAGUCAUCUACCCGGUGUGCUUCGCCGCAGAACUGAAUUUAGGAAACCGAUCAGUGUGGGAGUUCGGCUGGGCCUACGGCGUCGGCUGGGGCGCCGCUAUUUUCCUGUUCGGCGCCGUCGUGCUCUUGCUCUGCGACAAGGAGAGCGAGGAGCUCUACUACAAGGAACGAAAAGUGGUCCACACAGAGCGCACGGGGCGCCCCUAGGGCCGCCCGCGCCUGCCCGACCUGGUGCCGUGAGCACCGCCUCGCUAGCACCGACGCGCACGCCCGCUGGGUGUGAGACCGAGGUAACACCAUGUACCGAUGCCUGACACACCUGACCAUGCGAUUAUAACAUAACGACUACACGACAUAUUACAUUUUUACUCGUACACAUUUAUUUAUCUGUACUCUGUUUGUGUGCUUCAAAUCUUGUACCUAACUUAAAUUUGAACCACUUCCCGGCGUCUGACUCAGUUGAAAUUUGGAGUACUUCCUUAAUUCCGAUGGCAAUGCAAUAAUGGGCUAACAUGAUGCUGAUCUGAUGAUGCAGUCGGAAGGUAACCGAAGGAGCUACUCGAUGGAAAACACAAACACUUCGAGUUUAGGCUCAUUAAAACGGUCUCGAGAAUUACUAGAUAGAAAUGUAAAUGAGAAGAAAUACAGUCAGCAAUAAUGGUGUCACAAACACGUUUUUUUUUAAUAGAUUUUAGCUUGGUUUGGCAAUUUUCGUUUAACCUUUGGUAUGCUUUAGCACUGAUGAGUGCAUCCCUACAUUCAACUUAAGCAUUUCAACUUUAAACAAUUAAGUAGAAAAACCAACAUUUUACAGUAGAACACAAAAGGUAAAUGCGAGUUUUGACAUGUCCUCCGAAGAAAAUCAUAGAUCUUCCAUAAAUCCAAAAAUGAUUUGUUAAGUUCACACUUCUUCCAGUUUUGAGACCCAAUUUUAUUAAAAAUUUGUAGCAUUUUUUUAAAUACUUGACACUUGUUUUACCACCUGUGCCACUUUGGUGCUGACCUACACACCUAAUUUUUUAUAAUAAUUAUUUUACUACUUUUACUUGUUGGGUUUCUGGUACACUUAUUCUAUGAGAAAAUAGAUUUUCUAUACAGUUGUACCAAAGGUUAUACUGAAGAUCGAAAAUAGUGCGGAAAAGAGGAAAUUCGAAAGGACUGGCGAUAAAUUAAAACACGACCGAAGGGAGUGUUUUAAAUCGACACUACCGAAGGGAAUGUUUUAAAUCGAGACGAGUUGCGAAUUACCUAUUCGCACGUGUAUCGUACAACGUUAAUAUGACCCUUUAAACUUUUGACAUACGUACGGAAAGUGUUCUUUCCCGCACUUAGCACCAUAUGUACUGUAAAUUAAAUUUAUAUUUUAGUUGUAAUCUUUAUAUAAUCACAAUCAUUUUCGGAGUUUAAUUUUGAAUAUGUCGUGCAGUUUCUUGUUGUUAUAUCGCAUUGUCAAUUCCGUGAUUAUAGACAAAAUAAUAAUUGCUUAAGGAACCUGUGGAGACGUAACUUACGCAAUGUAUUUUUUUAUCUAUUUAAUAUCUACGGAAAAGGUGUUCAAUAUAUUUAGCACAUUAAAAUCACAUAAAAUUUGAUGAUAUUAAAACGAGCUGGAAUCUCUUAUUGGUCUCAUUUAUGUAACGUUCUUUGGUGAUGUCAUUUUUAUGAAAUGGUGACGUUAAUGUGCUUCAAUAUAUUUAAUCGGUACGGAAGUGUUUACCCGACUAAAUCUGUCAAGCAAAUGUAGACCAUACAGUGUGGUGACAAGGUCUACUUAGCAUUGAUAGCCCUCGAUGACUCGCGUCAUGUUUUCUUAGGCUCAUUUUGUAGUACUUGCGCUGAUACUAAAUUAUAUAUAAGAUUAGGAUCUGUAUCGAAUCUCAAUUAUUGAAAUAAUGAUGAUAUUGCAAAAAAACCUCAAAUCUUAGCUUAGGCUGUUUUGGACCAUAGUCAGUGUGAGUGCUAUGAUUAUACUAUUUUUUUAAUAAUUUGUAUUUAUUUGUUUUUGAAGUAUAUUUUUUGAUAAAUCUCAAGCUAUACAUAGCUAAAUAUAAACAUUUUGACAAACAAUCAAAUUUAUCCAACUUUAUUUUACUUUGUGAUUCGCUACGUGUUAUUAAACGCGUUUUAUUUUAGCCAUAUAAUUUAUUCGUAAGGUUUUUUUAGUUGUAAGUUUGGUUAAUAUGUCCCGCGCUGACGCGCCGGGCGGACGCCGUACCUAGAACGUAAUCCGUUCCAAAGAGCGUUCCCUUAUUUAUUGGCUUUAAUUUAUUCGUCCUACGUUGGUAGACGUUGAGUUAGGUUUAGUUAGUGGCGCGCGUUCGAGUAUGUCUCAUCGCUGGCGUGCGCGGGGCGGCGACAGGGCAGGCGCCGACAGGCGGCCGAGGACGGCGCGAGCACUACCAGCGCCACGAGUACACGACACGCGCAGGCGUGGACGGACACGGACAACCUAGUGCUAGUGCACGAUAGUGUAGUGACGUUCACUAGUGACGAUGACGGCGAGCUACGCCGUAAAGUAGCGAGCCUCGGUUCUUCUGACAUUCAUAUAUGUUAGUGUAUUUUUAACGGACGCAUUGUACAGCGUGCGUUAGCUGUAAACUCCCCCGAGUGGGAUCCGGUGACCGGCUAUGAUGCCUAUGAUACUACUGAGAUAUCUAAAGGAAUUACAUAAAUGUAUGUUUUGAUUAUAGUUACCUUUUAGUACGAUAUACUCGCUGUUGUGUAAAAUCUAUUUUAUUAAUGUUUAUACAUUUAAUUAUUGUCCCGAAAACUAUAUACCGGUUUGUUUCUCGGAUUCGUUUCCACCUUAUAAAAUUUAGAAUCUCGUUCGAUUACUUUUGAUCUGAAUUUGCAAUAUUUACUGUAAGCUUUUUUGGAAUUGAGUAUUAUUUUAAAAAUCAUAAUAUUUUUUUAUUAACGUUUAUAUAAAAGGAAUGUUUAACGAAAUAAUUAUCAAAUACAUCUUACUAAAGUGUUGUUUGUAAUUAGCAUAACGGUUACGUAUAAGUGUAAUCUAGUUGUUAAGAUUAAGAUAUUGUAAGAGCAUUGUUAGAGCAUUUACUCAGUGCUGUCGUUCGGUCUGGCGAUGAAUUUACUAGUUAACAGGCGACUGUGUCGCCUUCUACGCUGAUUUGUAGUCCUUGGUUGUGGCUUUAAUUCCAUAAAAUAACAUUUACUUUGUGAUAAUUUGGUAGCUUUUCUUGAGGCCUUAACGGAACACGUGACGUAACAGAUGGCCCGUUGAAAAAUUGUCAAUUUACAUUUUAUUUAAGUAGUUUUGUAGGAUGAUCUUCUAUUUUGUAUAAGGCCAAUUAAAUUUAAUCAUAUUUUUUAACUUAGAUUAGAUAAGAUCUGUUCUAACACUCACUCGAUACUGUCGAAAUGUUUUAUAUCCACACUGCCAUUUAACUUAAAUUAUUUUUCUUUCCCGAGUCAUUUUAAUUAUAUUAGUGUGAUAAAU